AGGGAAUAAACCAUCUGUUAGCAUGCUACUGACAGUGGCUGCUAACACUCGAUUUACCCAACAGCUGCCAGUUUUCACCGUGAUUUUGUAUUUCUAUUUGACUUUGCUAUGACUGAAGUCCAUGCUGAAUGAUGCUGUACUGUAAUAGUAUCUGAAGAAAGCGAAGAAUGAAGAAUAGCGUGAAUGCUUCCGUCGUAUUUGGAUUAAAUCUAUUUAGGGCUCUGUAGCAAUGAGGAAUUAUGCCUGGUGAAGGUGGCAUGACUUCCAUGUGUUGAAUGGUAGUUGAUCUCCGUUAUGGCACUAAGAUGAGGUGGAACAAGCAGCCAUUCAAUUGCUGCCAAUGACCAAUGUUGCGCCAUACUUCAGUCUGGAGUAAAGGCUUGAAUCCGUUUGGCAGCCGCUGCUCCGAACUAUGUUAAGUAACAGAUUUCAAGAAGAAGUGUGUCAUGAUGGAGAUGUGUUUUUCUGGCACUUGUAUUUAACCACCCGUUGAAUGAGGCUUUGGAAAUAUUGAGGUUGACACUUGAAAUGCCAUUGAAAGUCAGGGCUUGAGUGAUUCCAUUUGAUGUUUUUGCCACCAUUUGUGAAGUUGCGUGACUGUUUGAAGUAAAACAAAUAAAAGAUAUCUACAAUUACAUCACUACUAGACAGAAUAACUUACUUCAGAGUUGGUGCUAUUGGAGGGGGUUUUGUGCAGGGUGGUAUCCUGGCAAUUAAAAGCUGGAUACAGAUCGAGACUUAUUGUGAGACCAAAAAAGUAAAAAUACAAAGAUGUAUAAACAUAGCGUCGAAAGCACUCGAGGCUGGUGACAGGGAGAAAGCUCUCAGGCUCCUAGAAAAAGCUGAACGGCUUUUCCCAACCGCCAGAGCGAAAGCAUUGUUGGAUACAUUAAUGAAAAAUGGAAGCUCUGCUGCUAACGGUGCCCAUCGGAGGAAAGCCGGUGGCACAGAAGGAAACGGUCGACAAGCAGGACAGGAGAGCCAAGACUUUGGAGGAGGCCAGUCUGCGAAGAGUUUCACUGCUGAACAAGUCGAAGGCGUUCAAAGAAUAAAACGGUGCAAGGACUACUAUGAAGUGCUGGGUGUCAGCAAAGACGCCAAUGAGGAGGAGCUAAAGAAAGCUUACAGAAAACUGGCACUCAAGUUUCAUCCGGAUAAAAAUCAUGCACCUGGAGCCACUGAUGCUUUUAAAAAAAUCGGAAAUGCGUAUGCGGUGCUGAGCAAUUUGGAUAAAAGGCGACAGUACGACGUUGGGGAGCACACCGGCGGCAGCGACCACACACACGAAGGAGGCUUCAAUUUCCACAGAAGCUACGAGGCAGACGUCACUCCAGAGGACCUCUUCAACAUGUUUUUCGGGGGUGGAUUUCCUUCCUCCAGUACACACACCUUCUCCAACGGCAGGACGAGCUACAGUCGUCACACCGACUACAGAGAAGAGAGAACAGAUGAACGAGGGGAUGGUGGCUUUUCUAUGUUUCUUCAGCUGGUGCCCGUAGUGGUCCUAAUUUUAGUGUCAAUACUGAGUCAGAUGAUGGUUUCUCCUCCGCCCUACAGCCUCUACGCCAGACCGUCCACAGGUCAGACCGUCAAACGUCAGACCGAAAACCUGCGAGUCGACUACUUUGUCACCAAAGACUUCAAGUCAGAGUUUAGAGGCACCGCACUGCAACAAAUUGAGAAAAACGUGGAGGAGGAUUACGUCUCGAAUCUCAGAAACAGCUGCUGGAAGGAGAAGCAGACAAAAACAGACCUGCUGUACGCCGCCAAAGUCUACCGUGAUGACCGCAUGCGCAAGAAGGCGGAGCUGAUGACCAUGGAUAACUGCAAAGAGCUGGAAAGACUAAAUAGUUUAUUCAGGGGCGGAUGAGAAGGACACUUGGUUUGGCUAUAAAUAGAUGUGUGUGCUGUUGUUUUUUAUAGAAACAAAAGCUAAACUAGAGGCAAAGACCUACUGACAUAACUUAGCUCUUCUGAUGUGUCCAUUCCACCUGUUGCGAUUGUCUUAUAGAAUUAAUCGUCACACACUAGAGAUUUUUAUACACAGCUUUUGUUGCGUUUUUGUUUUCCAGCGACGAGACAGACAGGGACACUUGAUUGUAAAGUCUUAGAGAAAUGCUGUUUGGGACGCCGUGCCUCCGAUGGACGCCGAUGGACUGAAGUCAUUACUUGAACAUUCGCAGGAUGGAGCAUUCACUCAGCACUUGCCUCCACUUUAUGAGACUAUCACCUCUUAAUCAGAAAAUGUGAUGCAGAUGAACGAAUGGAUGCAGAACGAAAUUGAAUAAUUAUAGUUAUUUAUGCAAAGAUGUACAAUUUGUUUCAUAACUUUUGAAUUUUAUGCUGUUAUUUAAGUAAUGUUUGAAGAAAGUGAUUUUCUUCUUUGCCUGCCUGGAAAUUGGAAUAAAGUUGGACUAUCCUAGUAGUUGGUAGUAGU